AUGAAGUGCGCUUUUCCAGCAGCGCUGUCUCUCUGAGCGAGCGGCCGGGCAGAGGGAUCGCCUGUCCAUGCAGGAGGAUGCUGUUAGGAAAUGCCUGGAGAAAGAGAGGAUGAGAUUUGUCGAAAGGCGCUGGAACUGCUGACCGAGCUGUGCUCCACUGGAGAAGUGCAGAAUGACAACUGCAUGGAUUUUGUCUACUAUUUCCGAGACCUGGGCAGACCGAGGUUCUCAGACUCGGAUGUGUCAGUGAGCCUCCUGUCACUGAUGGUCACAUCCUGUGGUCUGGCUCUGUUUGGCGUCUCACUUUUCGUGUCCUGGAAGCUGUUCUGGGUGCCAUGGCGAGACCGCUGCCUGCCAUCCAGUCUGAAGGAGGAGCAGGGCGAGCAGCAGCCCGUCCUGACCGAAGAGGAGCUCCUGGAGCGCGAGUACAGCGCCGACUUCACCAAAGACUCCUCUGGGCCCAUGCUGCUGCCUGAGUCGGCCAUGAAGAUCAGCCACACGUCACCGGACAUCCAGCUGGAGGCUCAGAAUAAGGCCAAGGAGCACAACCACGUGCACAUCGCUCGUGUGCAGAGGCAGGUCACUGAGCCGACCUCGUCCGUCCGACAUAACUCCAUCAGGAGGCAGAUGAACCUGUCCAACCCUGACUUCAACCCGGCUCAGUUCCAGCGGCAGGAGUCCCUGUCCGUCCAGGGUCUCGGCCGGAUCAAACCGGAGCUCUACAAGCAGCGUUCCGUGGACACGGAUGACGACGGUCGGCGAGCAGACAGCUGCGGCCGGCUCCAUUUCAUCCUUAAGUAUGACUGCGACCUGGAGCAGCUGAUCGUGAAGAUCCACAAGGCUGAGGAUCUGCCUGCCAAGGACUUCUCAGGGACCUCAGACCCAUAUGUGAAAAUCUACCUUCUGCCUGAACGCAAGACCAAGCAUCAGACCAAAGUGCACCGCAAGACUCUGAACCCUGUGUUCGACGAGGUCUUCCUGUUUCCCGUGGCCUACGCCGAGCUGCACUCGCGCAAACUGCACUUCAGCGUCUAUGACUUCGACCGCUUCUCCCGCCACGACCUGAUUGGACAGGUGGUGGUGGACAACUUCUUGGACCUGCCCGACUUCCCCAGGGAAACUAAACUCUGCAGAGAUAUUCUCUACGUUACUGCGGAUAAUGUGGACUUGGGCGACCUGAUGUUUUCUCUCUGCUAUCUUCCAACUGCUGGCCGACUGACCAUUACAAUCAUCAAAGCCAGAAACCUAAAAGCCAUGGACAUCACAGGAGCCUCUGAUCCCUACGUUAAGGUCUCCCUCAUGUGUGAUGGACGGAGACUGAAAAAGAGGAAAACGUCCACCAAACGGAACACACUCAACCCUGUCUACAACGAAGCCAUAGUGUUUGACGUCCCUCCCGAGAACAUAGACCAAAUCAGUCUUUUAAUAGCAGUGAUGGACUAUGAUCGCGUAGGCCAUAAUGAGAUCAUUGGUGUGUGUCGGGUGGGGAACAUGGCGGAGAGCCUGGGCCGAGAUCACUGGAACGAGAUGUUGACGUACCCACGCAAGCCCAUCGCCCACUGGCACCCCCUCAUAGAGUGGAGUGGUCAGGGAAAUGCUGGUGGAAGUCAAGGCUCCUGCAAUUCCCUCAAGACGCCUCCGUCGCCCUGAGUGUCCGAGCACCAGCCCAGAAGAAAGGAGCGGAGCCCGAGUCACAGCACUGGGGGAAAGCGAGGAGAAAAGUGAGACAUCUCAGCGAAAGGUCACUCAAAACGUGUGCACACAAUCGAUCGAGCGGCACACACUCGGGACUUUUUCCAUGAGAAAACGGAGAGCGUCUAUUCUACUGCAUGUCAAAGUGACUGUGUGUGAGUAGCCUUCUGUUUAAGAAAAAAAGUACAAGCAAACAAAACAGGAAGCCAGAAUCUGCUUCCAGCUUUGUUUAAACUCUAUUUGAGAGGUAAGUAUUUUUGACAUGGUCAUGUUUUAUGUAUCUGUAUAACACAUUGUAAUAACUCAUUGAUGUUUUGAGUGCAGUGCAUGGGCUCUAUUUUGUGUAAUUUUGUUCUUACAGUGUAAAUCGCCUAUCAUUCUGUAUGAAAAUACAUCAGAAGUACAAUA